GAGAGAGAGAGAGAAAAGAGAGAGAGGGAGCAGAGUCAAUUCGCUGAGCCACUCACGGCACAGUGCACCGGGCUGACAGUCUGACGAAUAAAGAGCAAGAAAGAAGGAUACAGGAACCCGUCACAUCUCAGCUCAAAAGCCCAGUGUUCCAGGAGCGCAGGAGGAGGAGGAACACUGAAGGGAACCCUCUUGUCACAAGAGCACCCCUCAACUUGCAGUCUUAACCUCCAGUUCUCCAGGAAGGAGAAUUAUCAGUGGACUUCUAAGUACCCAUCCAAAAGGUUUUCCUGUUUUUUUUUCUUUCUUUCCCCCGGCCAUCUGUGAGUUGGCCGCAGAAGUAGCUCCAUGGACCCCCUGCUCCCUGCAGAGAUGGACAGAGAGGCAGCGAAGGACAGCAGGAGGAUCCAGUUCUCCGUACCGUCUGCCGUACCGACCCAGCUGGACCCGCAGCAGGUGGAGAUGAUUCGACGGAGGAGACCAACCCCUGCUACGUUGUUCAGACUGACAGACCAUGCAUCUCCUGAAGAUGAUAAUCCCACACACCAGUGGGAACAUGGUGUCCUCAAAACAAAGAGAGUCAAUGCCACAGUGUAUCAACCACCAUCACUCAAAGCUGUACAGAGGAUGACCCAGGCCCAUAUGGAGACUCUGGGGUCGGUAGACAGAGAGGACCCCUCCUCUGAAGACGAGGACAGUGAGGAGAAUCAGGAGUUGUUCCCAAGCACAGACACAGAAUCCCAGACAGAUACGGAGUCUGUGGAGAACCAAUCAACAAGGCUCUUGGGAUCAGAAGUCAAUUCCGAGAGAAGAUCCCAUCCUGUCAACCCCCGGAGAGACCAUCAUGGAGAUGAGGAGGAAGAGGAGGAGGAUGAUGGAGGGGAGGGGAAGGGAGAAUGACAGAGCGAUGUGUGCUGUGAGAACAGGGAAUGGUUAAGGUUGAUUCAAGUAUUUUUUAUUGUUACUAACCAAUUUAAAGUAAGAUGAGAGAUGUAUGUUCGUGUGUGCUGGUACGUGUGUGCGUGUGUAACAAAAUACAGGGAAUUUCAUCAGAGAGAUAACUCUAGAAGGUCAGUGUAUAAGCAUGUGUGGAUCCAUCUUGGCCCAGGCUGCUGCAUCAUGGGAUAUAAUGUCCAGCAGGCCAAAUUGGCCACUUUGUUGCAACACUGAUUAUUGUGUCAAAGGUUUGUGAGCCUGUCUUGGUAUGAAGAAUCUGUUUUGAAGUAUUGAUGAAGGUGACUGAGGACACCAUGCAUGCCCUGUGUGCUGUCAGCAUGUAGCAGAAUGUGCAUGGGUCUAUAUGAGUGAUCAUUUUGUCAAAUCAUUUAUAAAAAAAAAGUAGAUACUUCUUGUGUUCAUUGCUAAUAAAAUUACUAUAUUAUUC